AGCAAGUACGCUUCACGUUCUGCAGUUCGUACGCUUGCACCCUCGUGCCCUUCCCGUUGGUAGCCCACUGAGGGGCGGGCGUAGGGACUGGUACAAGUGUUUGGACAGAGCCUCGGAAGAUGAGGAACAGGAAGUAGGGGAGGAGGAAGAUGACAGCCUCUGAAGAUGACAGCAGCCGCCGAAGAGUAUCUCCUCCCAAACACACAAGCUAACUGCGACAUGAACGCACGUACUCCCUCAUUUGUAAGGCGGCUCAGAAGUCCAGUCGCGACAGUACAGACAAACGAAUGAACACAGUAGCUUGGCACAUAUUGCUUCCGAGCGAGCGAGCGCCUUGACGAAAGGAACCAACGCGCAGGCAGGCACGCACUCACGAUGCGAUGCCCCAGGUCUCUUCUUGGAAAGCACGGUACAAAUGUUGUGAUCUCUGACUGACGACCGGGCGAGACUCGAGUAAGAGAUGUCCAAACGAGCUCCGGCAGGGCGGGCCAGGGCGGAGCGAACGGACGCCGUGGGCACCCUUCAAGCCGCCAAUGACGAGCUGAGAGCCAAACUGAUGGACGUCCAGUUAGAACUUCAGCAGGAGAAGAACAAGGUGAAGACCUCAACGGACAGACACUGCGUCAGCCGUCUGGAGAGAGAGAGAAGUCAGGAACUGCGGGCGGAGCACCACCGCGCCACCGCCGCCAUGACGGAACUCAAAAGCAAACUCCAUGAGGAGAAGCAGAAAGAGUUAGCCGUUACCAGGGAGACAUUACUGCGGCAGCAUGAAAUGGAGCUGAUGAGAGUGAUCAAAAUCAAAGAUGGAGAGAUCCAGCGACUGAAUGCCUUGGUCCUCAGCCUGAGGGACGGCUCCAUGGACAAGGUGAGGAGCGGGGGCGCUUUGCUGGCGGAGGUGGAGGAGACGCGGCGGAGUUGGGAGACCGAGCGGUGUCGCCUCCACCAGGAGCUUCAGGAGCAACGCGGAGCAAAGAGGAGCGCGGAAGAAGCCCUGGCAGCGGCCCAGCAGGCCUGCCAGUCCCGAGCGGCCGAGCUCCGAUCGGCUCAUCACCAGCAUGGGGAGGAGCUGAGCCGAACCAAGAGAGACUGCGAGAGGGAGAUCCGCCGACUGGUAGGACUGAUCAGAUGCGCGAUGGAUGAGAUCAAGCUGAAGGACAGAGCGGUUAGUGUUUUGGAUAAAGCCCUGGGGCUACAGGCCGGCCACGCCCACCGCCUUCAGCUGCAGACUCAGGCUGCCGAGCAGCAGAUCGCCGCCCUGAGGGAUUCCCAAAGGGCGGGCCUAAACUACCCUGGAAGUGGGGUCAACGCCGCUACUAGCAAUCCUCUUCAUAGCUCUCAGGAGGAUCGGGACACGCGAAGGUUUCAGCUGAAAAUCGCUGAGCUCAGCGCAGUCAUCAGGAAACUGGAGGAUCGAAAUGCCCUGCUUUCUGAAGAGCGCAACGAACUGCUGAAGCGACUGAGAGAAACAGAGAGCCAGUUUCUGCCACUCCUGGACAAAAACAAACGCCUGAGCAGGAAGAAUGAAGAACUCUCGCUGGUGCUGUGUCGCCUCGAAAACAAAGUGCGCUUUGUCACCCAGGAGAACGAGGAGAUGGCAAGCUUGAGAAGGCCUAGUUCGCUCAAUGACCUGGACCGCGGUUGCGGCCAGCAGGACGGUGAAAUGGAGUUUCUACGGCUUCAAGUUGUGGAGCAGCGGCACAUCAUCGACGACUUGUCCAAGGCUCUGGAGACAGGAGCUCACGUCAGAAAUGUAAUUGAAAGAGAUUUGGUGCUACGAUACCGACGUCGAGAAUCUCUGAGGAGGAAACGGAGCGUGAGGUCCUGCAAGGUCAUCGAAACAUUUUACGGCUACGACGAAGACGUGUCGGUGGACUCGGACGGAUCGUCCUUGUCUUUUCACACCGACAGAACCCCCGACACGGAACCCGAAGAGGGGUGUGUGCGUGAGGAGGCGGAGCUUCGCUACCGCCAGCUGACGCAAGAAUAUCAAGCGCUGCAACGAGCCUACGCUCUGCUAGCCCAGACCAGCGGAGGGGACUACGACGCCGAGAAGGAGAUCAAGACCAGAGAACAGCUGAUGGUUGAAAUGGGUCACUAUCAAAGCAGAGUGGCAGAUCUGGAGUCAGCGCUGAAACAACAAGGACAGAAUGUCAAGUGGGUGGAGGAGAAACAGCUGCUGCGUCAGAGCAAUCAGCAGUUGGCCGAAAAGGUCAGGCGGAUGGAGGCGGAAGAAGCGCGUCUGAAAGAGCACAUCCAGGAUAUCCGAGACCAAAACGAACUGCUUGAGUUCCGCAUCCUGGAGCUGGAGGAGAGGGAGUGGCGCUCCCCCGUUUUGAAGUUCCAGCAAGUCCGUUUCCCAGACGGCCUCAGCCCUUUGCAGAUCUACUGCGAGGCCGAGGGCGUGAGCGUACGUAAGGCGUCCCUCGCAACCCUAACCCUAACCCGAGGUCCCAGAGCGCCUUACAUUGCUCCUUGCGCCUUUCCCCAGGACAUCGUCAUCAGUGAUCUGAUGAAGAAGCUGGACAUCCUGGGCGAUAACGCCGUAAGUAAUCUCACCAACGAGGAGCAGGUGGUCGUGAUUCACGCCAGGACCCUUCUCACCCUAGCCGAGAAGUGGUUAGAAUCCAUCGAAGUGACCAAGUCAGCACUUCAACAGAAGAUGUUGGACAUUGAAAGUGAGAAGGAUAUGUUCUGCAAGCAGAAGGGCUACCUGGAUGAAGAGUUGGACUUCAGGAAGCGUUCCAUGGACCAGGCUCAUAAGAGGAUCCUGGAGCUGGAGGCCAUGUUGUACGAGGCGCUACCGCAGCGGGACUGCCCCGCCACGGACGGCGAAAAGGCCAGCCACGCUGGCGUGAAUGACAUGCUGACGGCGGAUCAGAGAGAAGAGCUUAGGAGCGCCGUGGACCAAUGGAAGCGAGCCCUGAUGUGCGAGUUGAGGGAGCGCGACGCUUGCAUCCUCCAAGAGAGAAUGGAUCUGCUGCACAGCGCGCAACAGAGGAACAAAGAGCUGAAAGAAUUCAUCGAAGCUCAGAAGAGACAAAUCAAACAAUUGGAGGAGAAGUUUCUGUUUCUCUUUCUCUUCUUCUCCUUGGCCUUCAUUCUGUGGCCCUAACACCAGCUGUGUGCGGCAUCCUGCGACCAAAAACUCAGCCAACCCCAAAGCGGUUGACCUGAACGUCCCACCACCAUGCCUACCAGAGCAGGUGACGUGAUGCUUUGGACAUCCUCCCGUCUCAGAUGCCCAAAAGUACUCUUUGCCACAUCUGCGGAAAUACGGUGUCUUUUCAAAGGUGCAAAUAAAGCCAGCGUGGGCGGAACACGCACAUCUUUGGUU